GCUCCGUUGUCACCUGACCUAACCUGGCGGUUGGCUGCCAGAGCGGCCCGGGAGGGAGAAUUAGGCUGGGCAUACGGCGCAGGAGGGCGAGGGAAGGGGAGGAGAGAGAAGCCGGAGCCGCCCCUUGGCGCCUGGAACCUGCUGUGCAAGUCAAAGCGGGAGGCGGCGCUGCCUGCCUCGUUGUCCCUAGCAGCGAGAAAGAUCCAGGCGCCGAGAAGGAAGAGAAGAGAAGCCGAAAAACAAACGUGGGCAAUGGCAAAAUAGCAGCGCUUAGCCGAGAAGGCUAAAGGGGGACUCGAGGUUGCCGCCGCCACGCCGCCGGCUCGGAUCGGGCGCUCUCCACCUGGCGCAGCGCUGAGGGAAGGAAGCCGGAGCCGUCGGUGUGGGCAGGGAUGGUGAAAAGUUGAAAUGCCAAACAGCAAAAUGAGCAUGACAUCAUGGUUCCUGGUGAGCGGGACAGGUAUUCGCCAUCGGCUUCCUCGGGAGAUGAUAUUUGUUGGCAGGGAAGACUGUGAACUCAUGCUCCAGUCUCGCAGCGUGGAUAAGCAGCAUGCUGUCAUCAAUUACGACAAGGAGAAAGAUGAGCAUUGGGUGAAGGAUCUUGGAAGCUUAAAUGGGACCUUUGUGAAUGACAUACGGAUUCCUGACCAGAAGUACAUCACGCUAAAACUGAAUGAUGUGAUUCGUUUCGGUUAUGAUGCAAACAUGUAUGUCUUAGAACACAUCCAGCACAAGGUACCAGAAGAAGUGCUAAAGCAUGAGAAAUAUACCAGUCAACUUCAGAUGAGCUUUAAAGGCACAGCAAUGAAAAGAGCAGAGCAGCCCAUGGAACAUGGCGGAGAUACUGAAUUGCCCCAAGCCAAGCUGGAGAAAGGAGAGAAGAAAGCAAUUACAGAGGUGACAACUACUUACCGCACACCACUCUAUGGCCAGCCGUCAUGGUGGGGAGAGGAUGAUGCCAACAAUAAGCUGGAUUCAACAGAUGACAGAAGGCCAGAAGAACAAUAUUCAGAAAGAACAAAAGACUUAGGUCAACAUGAAGAAGAAAUCAACGGUAACAUCACUGGCUACCGAGAUUCCCAGGGUGAGUCUGUCUACGCAUUCCGAAGGGAACCUAGCUACUUUGAAAUUCCAACAAAAGAAUUCCAUCAGCCAGUAAAAUCUCCAGAGGUGCAAGUCCAUGAGAUCCCCACCAAAGAUGUUGAUGUGGCAGUGCUACCUGUUGUGCAGAGCCAUGCUUCUUUUACCAUUGAGUUUGAUGAUUGCACCCCAGGUAAAAUGAAGAUAAAAGACCAUGUCACCAAAUUUUCACUCAGGCAGAGACGGAACCUCAGCAAGGAGGCUGGCCAUGUGGAAAUUAUCUCCGCGGAGAGUAAAGUGGCUGAUUGGCUGGUACAUAAUGAUCCAAGUCUCAUAAGAAGGCAGUCUCCUGGAGAUGAUGUAUAUAGUACCAAAAGUGAUCUCCCCAUUCAUGUGAAGACUCUAAAAGGUAACAGACAUGAAGAUGGAACACAGAGUGACUCAGAGGACCAAGUAGCACCUAAACCAGAGAAAGAGACAGCUGGCAAUGAUCAUAUAGUAGAACAAGCCAAACUCCAGCGCCAAAUUCGACGUGAUCCCCAGGAAAUGCUCCACAACCAGCAGGCCUUUGUCAUUGAGUUCUUUGAUGAUGACAUGCCUCGGAAGAAGAGAUCGCAGUCUUUCACACACAGUGGCCAUUCUACUCAAAAUGAUGUUGAUCCCACCCUGAAGACAAAGGUUGAUAAACGCAAAAUUACAGUGCCUGCUGAAAAACCAGGAAGCUCUGUGCCCUCCCAACAUCUGCCUGCAGUUGGGACCAAAGGGCCAAGCAAUGCAUUCACCACCCCAAGAGCUGGUUCCUUCAAGAGGGAGAAGGCAGAUGAGCGGAUCAGCCCUUCCUCAUCCUCCACUUCACGAACACCUGUAAAAAGUCAUGGAAGUGUUGGAAGGAAGUCAAAAUUAGCUCAAGAUUUUGCUGCUGAAUGUUUAAGGGAGAGCUCUCAAGCUGAUCAGCUCAACACUGACAAGCCCCCUCCAGUGCCAACACCACUCACCACACGAGCAGUCAUUGUCCCAUCAGCACCAGAAACAAUCCCUUCACCAGUUGCUGAUCCUAAAGUGGCCAAAGCUAGGAAACAGGAAGAGGAAGAUAGUUUGAGUGAAACAGGCACUUACACUAUUGAAACUGAAUCACAGGAUAAAGAAGUAGAAGAAGCUCGAAAAAUGAUUGAUCAGGUUUUUGGUGUUUUGGAGUCUCCUGAAUUUUCCAGAAUUUCUUCAACCUUCAGGCCAAUUAUAAAAGGUGAAAAAGAAGAAUUAGGGCACAGUCAUUUGCUUGGGGAAAAUGGCUCAGCUCCAAAAGUGACUAUGAUGCAGGUCAUUGCUUCCAAAGUGGCAAGUGGUCAUCAUGCAGAUAUGCAGAUGCCAUCUGCAUCUCAGGGCAGCCAAAAAUGGGUAUCAAGAUGGGCAAGCCUUGCAGAUAGCUACACAGGCUCAGGUUCUGUGCCUGGAGCUGGGGAUGCCCAGCAGGGUUCCCUCUGUCAUGUUAGCACAGAAAAGGAUUCCAGUUCUAGAAUGGGAGAAUCUGAGAUUUCUGUGGCAUCACGGACCAGACGACUUCUUCCUCAACUCCCUCCAGGUGAAAAAUUGGAAAGUCCAACGCCAACUAUUUUAAUUUGUCAGGAGCCCUUUCCUGAAGUUUCCCAAAGGAACUUCAGUAAUGAUCCCAGGGAAGAAAUAUAUGUGGAUUCUGACAGUCGAUUGUUAACUCAGGAAGAUUUGGAUCCAGAUAGCCUUAGUGAUGCCAGCAAAUCUGAUGAUGGUAUCAACUUGGAAAAAGGUAGGAAAAACCAAGAUGGCACCAAAAUGUCUGAACAGAAUCAAAUAAGGGCUGAAAGUGCAAAGUCUAGAAGCUGUCAGUGUCCUGUGCCAAGACUUUCAGGCUUGAGAGCAUUAAGUGAGCCACUGUCAACAUCUUUCUAUACGGGUGAUGAGGAAGAAGAGAUUGGGGUUCCUUCAAAGCUUACUUCAAGCAUUUCUCCUUCUCAAAUAGACAAAGAAGAACCUCCUUUCAAGUAUGGAAAGACAGCUGCCAAAGGAGUUAACAAUACCUGUCUUUGCUCAAAUGGAAAAAUGGUUAUGUCAUUACACCAGGGACUACCAGAACAACAAGCUGCAGCCACAAAAGAAAUUUCAUCUUUUGUUCGGCAGGAGAGUUUUACCAAAGAGAAAUCAAGCAGCAGUGUUCCUCAAAACAGGCUGCCGCAUAUCUCAAGUCAUCCUCUACUUAAAGAUCUUGACAUCACGCGAGCAAAUCGUAUGGACUAUAAUCCUGAGACCCAUCUCCUUCUUAAAGACACUGAAACUGCCUUGGCAGCCUUGGAAGCCAAAAUACUUUGCCAAACUCAACAGCUAGAUGCUCCAGAAAAUCCUUCUGGGCAGUUAGAAGAUUCUUUAUCUGGAGAAUCUGAUGUGGACACAGCCAGCACUGUCAGCUUGGUAAGUGGUAAAAAUCUGCCAAGCCACCCACCAAAGCAUAAAUCCAUGACACCUUUGCAAAAAGACAGGUCAUCGUCCACACCAUCUGGCCAAGAGCAAAAUGCUCAAGCAAGUGCGCGUGAAAGGCUUUCAGAGAAACGGAAAGUAAUUCCAUCUGAGACUGGGAGCAAAGGUGAAAAUGCAAGGCGUUUUCAAGUGAAACACAGCAUAGGAACAGGUGGAUCUCAGGAGCAUACAGAUGAUGAGAGAAGUAGCAGCCUCCCAUAUCUGCCUCCAAGUGAAAUAGUCUCUUCUGACCAAGAGCAAACAUCCUCAAGGCCUGUUUCUAAGAAGAAGCCUUUCUCACAGUCGACCAAAGAAGAUCACGGCAAGGUAACGCCAAUGGUGCAAAAGAUUCAACAAGUUCUCACCAGGUCAAAUAGUUUAUCAACCCCAAGGCCCACGAGGGCCUCCAAACUUCGCCGUGCCCGGUUGGGAGAUACCUCAGACAAUGAGAGUGCUGAUGCUGAGAAAACAGCAGCACAUCCUGAAGGAACAGCAGCAUCUUCCAAGCAACCUGUAGAGGCCAAGAAGCUCUCAAGGCUUGACAUCCUUGCCAUGCCAAGGAAACGGGCAGGAUCUUUCACUGUGCCAAGUGACUCUGAGAGUGCACCUUCAAAGCCAACCUUUUCUGGGCGCAGUGCAGAGUCGUACUAUUCUACCCGAAAGCCGCUUGUGUCAGAAGCCAGAAAUGCUGCUAAGAAAACAGCAACAGUGGUAGCUGCUUCAAAGCAGCCUUUCAGCCGGACACGUUCCAGCAGUGUGAAAUAUGCCUCUACCUCCACCACCCAGACACCCAGGACCCGUGGUUCCGGGUUGAAUAAACAGAAGAACAGCAACAGCCGAGAGAUGGAAGAUGAAGAUUAUGGUGAACAUGACCCCUACAGUUUCAUUGUGCAGACUGCAGAGAUAGCAGAAAUAGCCAGAUUAAGCCAGACCUUGGUAAAGGAUGUAGCAAUCCUUGCUCGAGAGAUUCAUGACGUUGCUGGAGAUGGAGAUUCCCAGAGCUCAUCUGGAACAGGCCCAAGUACCUCCCACAGUUCUGUGCCUAAUACCCCUGCUUCAACCAUCUCGGCAAGAGAAGAGCUGGUACAGCAUAUACCAGAAGCAAGUUUAAACUUCCAGAAGGUGCCUCCUGGUUCACUGGGAUUCCGUGAUUUUGACCAAAAUAUGAAUGACAGCCGAGAAGAGGAUCUCACAAAACGAACACGGAUAAGAAACAGGGAAGAAGUGAUCUUUGACAAUUUGAUGCUAAACCCUGUGUCCCAGUUAUCCCAUACCAUUCGGGAAAAUACAGAAAAUCUGGCAGAGAAAAUGAAAAUUCUGUUCCAGAAUACUGAGAAGACAUGGGAAGAGAUGGAGGCCAAAAUUAAUUCUGAAAACGAAGUGCCAAUUUUAAAGACGUCAAACAAGGAAAUCAGCUCUAUUUUGAAGGAGCUUCGCAGAGUCCAAAAACAGCUUGAAGUUAUAAACGCCAUUAUUGACCCAAGUGGGAAUUUGGAUUUGCUCACCAAUAACAAGACCUGUUCUGUGCUACAGCCUGAAGCAGCUAAAGUCAGGACUGCCAACAGCACUUCUGGAUCUGUGUUAGAGUCUUUGUCACCUGUCAAGAAAAUGAAUUACACACAGAAAUCGAACUUUGGGUCUACUAGCCUGCAGGAUACAACAUUUGUUCCAGAUGGGGAGAAAUAUGUGAUCUAACAGAAUAUUUUCUAUUGCUGAUUCUGUAGUAUGUCAUUUACUGUGGUGUUAGUAUUGCAUAUGAAUUGUGUUUGAGUGGUCAUGGGCAAGUCCACGUGGGACGGUUGUUUAGAUUGUUAGCACAUUGCACAAAAUGGGGGAAAAGGUACAAUCUCUGCUAUGUGGGGGUGAGUUGAAGUCUGUGUAUAGGCCUGUGAGGGGGAGAAACAGCACAUCUUCAGCAAGAGACAGAUCUUCAGCAGAAAGCAACUCAGCGUGCCAUUCUUCCACUGUGCCAUAACAAACCAGACCUUGCAUAUCCUUCAUUCUGUACUGCUGAAGUUCUGGUAUGUUCUCAGAUAUAGCCUGUCCAUAGCUAUCUGUCAAGUUGUAUAUAGGCUCCAUUUUGAAAAUAUACUUUUGGAGACAGCGGAUGGCUGGUGUUGUAUAAUUAACUUUAAAUACGGAGUAUUCAAAUUGUUUGGUCGGGAUUUAUUUUUCAUACUGACAGGUAGAGUGAGGCAGCAUAGGUUACUUUUAGAAAUCCAAGAGCAGUUGCCUGAAAAAUGUCUUCAAGGAGGAAACAGAUGAUACUGAAUAAUUUUGCUUCCAAUCAUACAGCUUUCACUGUCCCACUGGUUAAAAGAGCGGAGACAAGAGAGAGCUGUGAAUAGGGCUGCAUUGUUUUCUGUAUGGUGAUUCAUUUGAAAAAUUCCAAAUAUAUAGUUCUACAGGAGAUGACUCAAUGACCAAAUCAGGAUUUUGUAUAGCCAGGUUGCCAAAUUCCUACUGUUUCACGUUCGUUUCAGUGUAAUGAAGUGUUUAUGUGCUCUGAACAUAUAUUUUUUUUAGAUGCUAUCUAAAGAGGGGCAAAAGAAUAACUGUGCCACAACUGGGCAAGUAGUCAUCAUGCCCUCCCCAGCACUUUGGUGGUAAGGUUUACACAUUGUCUUUUUAACCAUGGCCUGUUGAAUAAGCCAGAAUACCUGGACUGACACAACACUCAACCAUAAACCACCAUAGUAACAUGAUCACAACUUGUGAAGGCAUCAUACAGCUUGUUUGAUUUGGGUUUGGCAUGACGAGUAAACUUAAGUCCAAGAGUGGAUUCUGACACUGUGCUUAAUCCGGUUGUGUGGUUCUCAUUUAGUUUAUGUGGACUGAGCCAUUCUGCAUCAUGCACAGCUUAGUGCAGUUUAUGGCUUAGUAGAGUUUGGGGAGGGUGCAGUUUAAAUGCAUCCCUUAAAACUCUCCCCCAAGUAAGCCAAUAUUCCCUGGGUGUGUAUGUGUACGUUAGGGGGAGGGGGUAAGGCUCUGCAAAGCUUAAGGUGCAGGUACCAAUUUUGCCUAUAAACUGCACUGUAACAAAAUGGAUCCCCAAAUCAUGGCCCAGGCUACUCUAGUGAUGGCAGAUGUCACCUCACAUUUGGGGCUCAGACAGAGCAGAAAAAUAUAGUGUGGCUGCUAGGCAGAAAAAAAUGCUCAUCCUGGCUUGUUGUGGAGUAUGGAUCCAAGCUAACCAUGGUUUAGCAUAUGUGUACCUGAUCUGAAUCUCACUGAUAUCCAUAUGCUACUUAAAGAGCGUAAUGGUAUAGGCCUUUUUUUUGCAUCUCUGGGAAAACUCUCUUGAGCAGUAAAAAGCAUAGUCUAUCUCCAUAUCCUUCUAGUUUCAGGAUUCGGGGAGGAGACCUUCAACAAGGCAUAUCCAACAAGCUCCCGUAAGCUGCUCAAAGUGAGAUGUGCAGAUGGCCUUCUCAUGCCGUCUUCAAUGUAUCCCAUGCAAAAUGGGAAAAGUAGCAUAUGGAGUCAGUAGACAGUAUGCUGAACUUUUGGCUCUAGCAAAUAGCUGAUUUCUCUGUCCUAUAGGGCUGGCCCUUUUAGAAUCCCAUGUCCUUUCCCUCUCCAAAUGAUAGGAUGGGGAAUAUCAAAAAGUUGCCACAAAUAAUGGUGAUAUUGUAGCUGUUGCCUUAAAUUGCUCAAGUGAAUGUAGAUUCUGGGAUAUAUCUUGGAAAUUAUAUACCACAGUUUUAGCUUAAUGUGGUCUCUAGGAGAAUGUAAGUAAACUAAUUUGUUCCCAUUUUCAGUGUUAGGUAUUGCUUCAGGUAUUCCCAUCAUGGGAAUUUGAGCAGCUAUGAAUCAAGAUAUCCAAGCAAAACAAGGAGCAUGAAUUAAUACUUACUUCUUCCACCUUUCACACACACAAUUUUUAAUAUUGGUGCCAUCCUUGAAUCUAGAUGCUAAAGCUUGUUUGGCUAAUGAUGUUUCAAGUGAGUAGUUCUUCAGUACAGUAUUAUGAUUGUCUUAAGUCUGGCCAUUAUAACCUUAAGUAAUACCAAUAUCAAGGAUAACUUUGCGAACAUUUUUAAAUGUUGUCCAUUUUUUCAAUUACAAGAAAUUGUAAUUGCCCAUUUGUCAAAUUAGCGAUGAUUUAAGUAGGGUGGGGCUAGGAACAGCGCUGUUAACUUUUUGAAGUGCUUGUUGAUACCAGUUGACACAGGGAAAUCUUUUUAUAACAUUCACUUUGUUUCUAAGUAAUUGUUGAAGACCACCAGAUUGAAUUCAGUUGAGAAAUGAAUGCAGUGCAUAAGUUUAUCACUGAAAAAUGGAGAGCUACUGUCAAUCAGAGUAGGCAGUAUCGAUUGACAGUAAUUUCUUCAGGCUUGGGAAUGAUGGAUAGUGUGGAUUUACCCUAUAGAGAAUGUAUCUAAUAUGUUGAACUGUUAAACUCUAGUAGACGUAAAACUCCUUUGGAAAAUGAAUAAUUCAACUUUUUUUAAGUUGCUCACAGGAAAUCUGUGCUAUCCAGUUGGAUUUUGUCUGUCUCAGAUACUUGAUUGUGCACGGGUUUAAAUCAUGUAAAUGCUGCUAUUGAUGUUGAGGCACCAAAUAAAAGUUGCCAAUAUUCUUCAUAUUAGAAACUGAUCCAGUCACAGACUCAUUUAUACAGCUUCCAUUUAAUUGUACCUGAUGGUUGCUUGUAAACUUGUUUCUGAGCGCAUUGAGAUGUCACAUGUCCCGUUGAAGAGAUGUCACAUGUUGAUUCUUGCCGCUCAUGAAAACUUUUCCAGCCUUCUUUAAGUAGAGAAUCCCAACCUUGUAGGUGCAUCAAAAUUCUUCACCCUAAUUAUUGAUGCCAUACUAGUCUGUAUUUGCCGGCACCAAGUCUACAUUAGAUUCUCUUUGAAAUAUACUGUUGCAGAGAGAAAGAA